CCCGGGAUGUCUGAGCUGGAGAAGGCCAUGGUGGCCCUCAUCGAUGUCUUCCACCAGUACUCCGGAAGGGAGGGUGACAAGCACAAGCUGAAGAAAGCCGAACUCAAGGAGCUCAUCAACAGUGAGCUCCCCCACUUUUUAGAGGAAGUCAAGGAGCAGGAGGUCGUGGACAAAGUCAUGGAAACUCUGGACAGUGAUGGAGACGGCGAAUGUGACUUCCAGGAAUUUAUGGCCUUCGUUGCCAUGGUUACCACCGCCUGCCACGAGUUCUUUGAGCACGAGUGAGCCGGCAGAGCAGUUGCUGUGACAGGGACGAGGGUCACGCAGGAAGCAGAGAGCGGGGCUCGCAGCUAGUAGGAACGGAGCCUUCCCGCUGCGCCGUAGCU